AGAAAAAUCAAUAAGGACUGAUUUAACAAAAGAACGGCCACAAUGGCCAUACACAGUAUAUGCUCCAGCAAAAGAGGAGCCGAAUUUAAUAGAAGGGACUGAUGUCUCACCGGAAGAGUUGAGAUUUGAGUUUUUUAAGUUAAAAGAUUUCUGGAUGUACGGUGGAGAAAUGCAAUAUAACCAGGGUGUUUCACAGCUCAACAGCAUAAUGAAACAAAAGAUUGACGAUGUGCUAAAGGACUUACGAAACUCUAUACGAAUGUACCAGAACAAGAUAAGACCAAAUUCAUCAAACACUUUUGGUGGUGGCAGAACACAAUCCAGGAAUACAAGUCAGCAGCCAUCGAAUACAUUCGGGUCCAGGUCUAAUGGUGGAUUUGGUCAGCCGCAACAGAGUAGGGCGUUUGGCCAACAACAAAGCGGAUUCGGUCGGCAACAGCAAGGUGGAUUUGGAAGUAGCGGAUUUAGCCAGCAGAGUAACUUUGGAGGAUUCGGCCAGCAACAACCGCUACAACCGAGUCCGUUUGGACAGCAACCGGGACCAGGAUUCGCCCCAAAUUCCAAUACCUUGUCGCCAAUUCAGGCUACCCAGCCGAAUGGAGGGUUUGGAGGAGGUCAGACUGGCUUUGGAAGUGCAUCGAAUGGUCAACAGCAAAAUCCAUUAGGACAAUCAAUACAAAAUCCUUUUGGAGCUCAGCAACAACAGAGUCUACUUCGCGGUGGUAUGCAAGGUGCAGGACCAGAUGCUAAUGUGGUUGGGAUGUCCGAGUAUUUUACUGGACAGGUGCCAACAAGUCCACCUCCCAAUCAUUAUUGA